AUGGAUUCCCCCUCCCCCGACCGAGCUUCUCCUUCUCCUUCUUCAGCCUUCCCCGUACGAAGCCAGCAGCCCAAGCAACUCCACCACCACCUCACCGCCUUGCCGCUAGCCGGAUGCCGCCAUCUCUCCGUCGCCGAAGCCUCCUCGGACGUCCCGCUCUGUUUUGGCGUUAGUGAGCUACAUGCUUUUGGAUCCAAUUCUCAUAUGUACAAGAUCGACGGGACUGCAAAUAUCAAUGCAAUUAGAGCUUCUUCAGAGCAGGGUGUAAAAAGAUUUGUAUACAUCUCUGCCACUGACUUUGUUAUAGCGAAUUAUUUACUCCGAGGAUAUUAUGAGGGAAAGGCAUUGUCCUUAAAAGAACUGCUGACAAAGUUCCCUUAUGGAGAAGUGAUUUUGAGGCCCGGGUUUAUAUAUGGGAUUGGCCAGGUUGAGAGCAUGAAGAUACCCCUGGGAGUGAUUGGAUCUCCUUUGGAGAUGAUCUUUCAACACGCGAAGCCACUCAAUCAAGUGCCACUUGUUGGUCCCCUCUUCACACCUCCUGUGAAUGUCACUGCAGUGGCGAAGGUCGCUGUUCGAGUAGCUACAGAUCCAGUCUUCCUUCCAGGCAUCGUAGAUGUCCAUGGAAUACUCCGAUAUAGCCAACAAAAGAUGAAGUAGAAAUGGUCUGACCCCUUUCGUCUUUAUUUGUUCAAUCUUAUAGAGCUGUUAAUAACUUGACCAUUCAGAUGUCGUUUUUUCGAAUCAAAAAGGUUUUUU